GCUGUGGACCUCCUUAGCAGAAGAACCAAAGAUGGAAGGGAGCUUCUGGAAGACCUGGCUGGUAGUUGGAGCUCUUGCAGUCUUUGGUUGCUCCUCACUACCACAUAAUAAAUCCUUGACCUACGAAAAGGCUGUGAACCUUGCAGUGGCCAUCUACAAUAGCAAAGCGGGGGAAGACUGUGUAUAUCGGCUUCUGGAGGUUCUUGCAGAGCCUGAUUGGGAUCCCAUUUCUGAAAGCCAUCAAGAGCUGAACUUCACCAUCAAAGAGACCAUGUGCCUGUUGGAAGAUGUGGUUUUCUUUGAUGAAUGUGACUUCAAAGAAGACGGGGUGGUCAGGCAAUGUACUGGCUACUACUUCUUUGAUGAGAGGCCCCCAGUGAUUGUACUCACCUGUGUAGUUGUGGGUAGAAUGGAGGAGGAGAAAGGAGAAGAAGUGGAGAAGAAGGAAGAGGAGGAGGAGGAGGAGAACCAGGCUAAGAACAAGAAGGAAGAGAAGAAGAAGGAAGAUGAGAAGGAGGAGAAGGAUCAGCCCAAACGGGUGAAGAGAUUCCUCCGAGUUUUCAAAAAGCUCAAGAAAGGCCUUAGGAAAUUGUUCAAGAAAAAGAAGAUUGUUACCGGACACGUCACCUCCUAAGAGAAGAUUCGGAACGAUCCCGUCCCAGAUCUCCCAUGACGGUGAUCUCCCUCCAUUCCCCCCCCCCUUAGACCUGCAUUUGGGGACCGUGGAGGACGUCAAUCAGACAUGAGCUUUGCCAAUGAUUGUGUACAUUCAAAUUUGUAAUAGAAUUGAAGUCUGAAUCGAGGUGGGAAGGGAAAGGUUGCAGCCUGCAGAAGAGACCCGUUUAGGGAAAUAGUGAAGUGGAGAAAUUGCAGAAAUCUUUUUGUUUUAAGAACAAGUCAAUAAAUGCUGAAAUGA